AGAUGUGCCCCCCCCCCAGGAGACGCCGUUCUCUAACUCUGACUCUAUAGAGUCCCCGGCUCCAGUCUGAACAGAACCAGCUUGUUGGCCGUCUCCGUUCUCAUUCUCACAGCCAACUGCCGGGCUGCUAUGGAGCUGAGACAGCCCCCUGGCUUGUUCCUGCAGUUUCUCGGCCCCCGGAGAUUCAGCUGAUCUUGAUUUUUUUUGGGGGGGGGGUGGGUAUGGGUGUGUGAGGACUGGGGGUGAGGGGCAUCCUCCCUCCUUUUCUGGUUGGGAAUUUUUUGGGGGGAUAUUUUUCUACCCCGACUCCACUCUGACCUGGACCUCUCCAAAGCUUUCUCUUCCAUGAGAAGGAUUCCCUGCUCAGUGCUGCCAUGGCGGAGUGUGUUCUGCCUGCUGCCGCCUGGAACCCCAGUCCCCUGCCCCCCGUGGCCUCGGCUCCAGAUCUCACCUCGGAGCCUGGGGUCAUGGAGCAGCAGCCUCAGCCGCGGACGCCGCCCUCCUCACCGGCCCAGGAGCCUGCCGCCAGCACCGACCCUGACGUCCCGCACCCGGACCUGGCCCCUGUGGUCUUCUUUUGUCUCCGGCAAACCACCAGCCCUCGAAACUGGUGCAUAAAGAUGGUGUGUAACCCUUGGUUUGAGUGUAUCAGCAUGCUGGUGAUCCUCCUCAAUUGUGUCACCCUGGGUAUGUACCAGCCCUGUGAGGACAUGGACUGCCUGUCUGACCGCUGCAAGAUCCUGCAGGUAUUCGAUGACUUCAUCUUCAUCUUCUUUGCCAUGGAGAUGGUGCUGAAGAUGGUGGCCCUGGGGAUUUUUGGCAGGAAGUGUUACCUGGGGGACACCUGGAAUCGGCUGGAUUUCUUCAUUGUGAUGGCUGGGAUGGUAGAAUAUUCUCUGGACCUUCAGAACAUCAAUCUGUCGGCCAUCCGAACAGUUCGAGUCCUGAGGCCCCUCAAAGCCAUCAACCGAGUCCCCAGUAUGCGCAUCCUUGUGAACCUGCUACUAGACACGCUGCCCAUGUUGGGCAAUGUGUUGCUGCUGUGUUUCUUUGUCUUCUUCAUCUUUGGUAUCAUCGGCGUGCAGCUGUGGGCCGGCCUGCUUCGCAACCGCUGCUUCCUGGAGGAGAACUUCACCAUACAAGGAGAUGUUGCCCUCCCCCCCUACUACCAGCCAGAGGAGGACGACGAGAUGCCCUUCAUCUGCUCGCUGUCGGGGGACAACGGCAUCAUGGGCUGCCACGAGAUCCCCCCGCUCAAGGAGCAGGGCCGUGAGUGCUGCCUGAGCAAAGAUGACUUUGCCUACUACAGUGCGGCGCACCAGGACUUCAACGUCAGCGGCAUGUGCGUCAACUGGAACCGCUACUACAACGUGUGUCGCACGGGCAGCGUCAACCCCCACAAAGGCGCCAUCAACUUUGACAACAUCGGUUAUGCCUGGAUCGUCAUCUUCCAGGUGAUCACUCUGGAAGGCUGGGUUGAAAUUAUGUACUAUGUCAUGGAUGCUCAUUCCUUCUACAACUUCAUCUACUUCAUCCUGCUGAUUAUAGUGGGCUCCUUCUUCAUGAUCAACCUGUGCCUCGUUGUCAUAGCGACCCAGUUCUCGGAGACCAAGCAGAGAGAGCACCAGCUGAUGCAGGAGCAGCGCAGGCGGUACCUGUCCUCCAGCACCGUGGCCAGCUACGCAGAGCCUGGGGAUUGCUACGAGGAGAUAUUCCAGUAUGUCUGCCACAUUCUGCGCAAGGCCAAGCGCCGAAGCCUGGGCCUCUACCAUGCCAUUCGCAGCCGUCACCAGGGCCAGGUGGAGCCUGGUGUGGGGGCCAAGCCCGAGCUGGGGAAUGCCAAGGAGCAGAGGCGGGACAGACUGUGCCAGAAACACAUUCCCCUGGAUUACCCACCCCAUACUCUUGUGCAGCCUAUCUCUGUGACACAGACCUCCGACCCGAGCAACUGCCCCCACUGCCGGCAAGAGAGAGACCACCAUCUAUCCCUGGCAGAGAGUGAUGAUGACUUUGGGCAGGAGGAAGGCUCUGCCAAUGAUGAUGAAGGAGAAGGUGGAGGGAGCAGUGAAGGAACCCUGGACCUGGAGAAGGAGGAAGAGGAGGGACAGAAAGGCAGUGGGGUGGCCAGGCUGUGUGGAGACAUCUGUCGGGAGGUGAGGGCCAAGCUGAGGGGCAUCGUGGACAGCAAGUAUUUUAACCGAGGCAUCAUGAUCGCUAUCCUGGUGAACACAGUCAGCAUGGGCAUCGAACACCAUGAACAGCCCGAGGAGCUGACCAACAUCCUGGAGAUCAGUAAUGUGGUGUUCACCAGCAUGUUUGCCCUGGAAAUGAUCCUCAAGCUGGCGGCCUUUGGCCUCUUCGACUACCUACGGAACCCUUACAACAUCUUUGACAGUAUCAUCGUCAUCAUCAGUAUCUGGGAGAUCAUCGGCCAGUCGGACGGGGGCCUCUCGGUGUUGCGGACAUUCCGCCUGCUGCGGGUGUUGAAGUUGGUGCGCUUCAUGCCAGCCCUACGCCGCCAGCUGGUGGUUUUGAUGAAGACCAUGGACAACGUGGCUACCUUCUGCAUGCUGCUCAUGCUCUUCAUCUUCAUCUUCAGCAUCCUAGGGAUGCACAUUUUUGGCUGCAAAUUCAGCCUCAGGACUGACACCGGAGACACAGUGCCCGACCGGAAGAACUUUGACUCGCUGCUCUGGGCCAUUGUCACAGUGUUCCAGAUCCUGACACAGGAGGACUGGAAUAUGGUUCUCUACAAUGGCAUGGCCUCCACCUCCCCCUGGGCCUCCCUCUACUUUGUGGCUCUUAUGACCUUCGGCAACUACGUGCUCUUCAACCUGCUGGUGGCCAUCUUGGUGGAGGGCUUCCAGGCGGAGGGAGAUGCCAACCGCUCCUACUCAGAUGAGGACCAGAGCUCUUCCAACAUGGAGGAGUUUGACAAGUUCCGGGAGGCCCACGAAGGACAUUUUGAUGUCAAGCUCUGCCCCAUCCCCAUGACCCCCAAUGGACACCUGGACCCCAGCCUCCCACUGCCUGGCUCCCUGGCCACCACAGGCGGCAUGCCCCCUGGCCCUUGCCACUCCCUGCAGCCUGACCAGGUGCUCAUUGCUGUGGACUCUAGGAAGAGCAGCGUGAUGUCUCUGGGGAGGAUCAGCUAUGACCAGCGGUCUCUGUCUAGCUCCCGAAGCUCCUACUACGGGGCCUGGGGCCACAGUGGGGCCUGGGCCAGUCGCCGGUCCAGUUGGAACAGCCUGGCCCGGGGCCAUAGCCUGAAGCACCGGGCACCCUCGGUGGAACACGAGUCACUCCUCUCUGGGGAAAGGGGCCGGUCAGUGGAAGGGGAGCGGGAUGACGGCGCCCCUCGUGGCCUGCCCCAUCACCUCCCUCCCCAUUCCCAUCCCCAUCACCACCACCUCCACCACUCGCACCGCUACCGGCACCGUCGGACGCUCUCCCUUGAUACUAAGGACUCCUUGGACCUAACAGAGUUGCCCCCAAUGGCCCCUCACACUCAUCUGAGGCCCACCCGGAAGGUGGGCACAGGCCUGGGUGCCAGUGAGCAUCAGGAUUGCAAUGGCAAGAUGCCCAACAUCGCCAAAGACGUCUUCACCAAGAUGGAUGACCGGAAGGACCACGUGGAAGAUGAAGAGGAGAUUGAUUAUAGUCUCUGUUUCCGAAUCCGGAAGAUGAUAGAUGUUUAUAAGCCUGACUGGUGUGAGAUCAGGGAAGACUGGUCUGUCUACCUCUUCUCUCCUGAGAACAGGUUCCGAGUCCUCUGCCAAACCAUCAUUGCCCACAAGCUCUUUGACUAUGUUGUCCUGGCUUUUAUCUUCCUCAACUGCAUCACUAUCGCUUUGGAGAGGCCCCAGAUAGAGGCUGGCAGCACUGAGCGAAUAUUCCUCACUGUGUCCAACUACAUCUUCACCGCCAUCUUUGUUGGAGAGAUGACGCUAAAGGUGGUCUCCCUGGGCCUGUAUUUUGGGGAGCAGGCCUACCUCCGAAGCAGCUGGAAUAUCUUGGAUGGAUUCCUGGUCUUCGUAUCCCUCAUUGACAUCGUGGUCUCCGUGGCCUCCGCGGGAGGAGCCAAGAUCCUUGGCGUCCUUCGGGUCCUCCGCCUCCUCCGGACCCUUCGCCCACUACGGGUCAUCAGCCGUGCCCCAGGCCUGAAGCUUGUGGUGGAGACACUCAUUUCAUCCCUCAAGCCCAUCGGAAACAUUGUCCUCAUCUGCUGUGCCUUCUUCAUCAUCUUUGGCAUCCUGGGAGUGCAGCUCUUCAAGGGGAAGUUUUACCACUGCCUGGGGGUCGAUAUCCGGAACAUCACCAACCGCUCAGACUGCAUGGCCGCCAACUACCGCUGGGUGCACCACAAGUACAACUUUGACAACCUGGGCCAGGCCUUGAUGUCCCUCUUCGUCUUGGCCUCCAAAGAUGGCUGGGUCAACAUCAUGUACAAUGGGCUAGAUGCGGUGGCUGUCGACCAGCAGCCUGUCACCAAUCACAAUCCCUGGAUGUUGCUGUACUUCAUCUCCUUCCUGCUCAUCGUCAGCUUCUUCGUCCUCAACAUGUUUGUGGGUGUGGUGGUGGAGAACUUCCACAAGUGUCGGCAGCACCAGGAAGCGGAGGAGGCGAGGCGCCGGGAGGAGAAGCGACUCCGGCGGCUGGAGAAGAAGCGAAGGAGUAAGGCCCAGCCUAAGUGUGCGUUGGAAGCCCAGCGACUCCCAUACUACGCUACCUACUGCCCUACCCGGCUCCUUAUUCAUUCUGUCUGUACCAGUCACUACCUGGAUAUCUUCAUCACCUUCAUCAUCUGCCUCAAUGUCGUGACCAUGUCCCUGGAACACUACAAUCAGCCCAUGUCCUUGGAGAUUGCUCUCAAAUACUGCAACUACAUGUUUACCACGGUCUUUGUGCUGGAGGCCAUGCUGAAACUAGUAGCAUUUGGGCUGAGACGCUUCUUCAAAGACAGGUGGAACCAGCUGGACCUGGCCAUUGUGCUCCUCUCGGUCAUGGGCAUCACCCUGGAGGAGAUCGAGAUCAACGCCGCCCUGCCCAUCAAUCCCACCAUUAUUCGCAUCAUGAGGGUGCUGCGCAUCGCCCGAGUGCUGAAGCUGCUGAAGAUGGCCACAGGGAUGCGGGCCCUGCUGGACACAGUGGUUCAGGCUCUCCCCCAGGUGGGAAACCUGGGUCUUCUCUUCAUGCUUCUCUUCUUCAUCUACGCUGCUCUGGGCGUGGAGCUCUUCGGGAAGUUGGUGUGCAGUGAAGAACAUCCCUGCGAGGGCAUGAGCCGCCAUGCCACCUUUGAGAACUUCGGCAUGGCCUUCCUCACGCUCUUCCAGGUCUCUACUGGGGACAACUGGAAUGGGAUCAUGAAGGACACGCUGCGAGACUGCACCCACGACGAGCGGAGCUGCCUCAGCAAUCUGCAGUUCAUCUCGCCGCUGUACUUCGUGAGCUUCGUGCUCACGGCCCAGUUCGUCCUCAUCAACGUGGUGGUGGCAGUGCUGAUGAAGCAUCUCGAUGACAGCAACAAGGAGGCUCAGGAGGACGCCGAGAUGGACGCCGAGAUCGAGCUGGAGAUGGCCCAUGGCCUCUGUCCUCGGAGCGCGGGCUCCCCGGGCUCCAGCAAAGGCGGAGGAGGCUGCACCGGCAGCGGAGGGAUGGGAGGCGGGCCGCCCGCUGAGGCCGAAGCGCGCCGCUGCAUGCGCUGCUACUCCCCGGCACAGGAGAACUUGUGGCUGGACAGUGUCUCUUUAAUUAUUAAGGACUCCUUCGAAGGAGAGUUAAUGAUCAUCGAUAACCUGUCAGGCUCCGUCUUCCACCAUUAUUCCUCCCCGGCCGUGUGCGAGAGGUGUGACCAUGACCAGCAAGAGGUCCAGCUGGCUGAGGUGGAGGCCUUCUCCCUGAACUCAGACAAGUCCUCUUCGAUCUUGCUGGGAGAUGAUGUGAGCCUGGAGGGUCCCACAGCAUGCCCCAUGGGCUCCAAGGAGAUCAAGCAGGGAGAAGCAGACGCUCCUGAGUCUAUCAAGAUCGGGGACUUGGGAGAAUGCUUCUUUCCCUUGUCCAACACGGCCGUCUCGGCAAGCCCAGAGAGCUUCCUGUGUGAGAUGGAGAAGGACCCCUUCAAUCCUGUCCAGUCCUGGCUGAAGCACGAGAGUGCUCCAGUUCCCUCCAGUCCUUUCUCAUCGGACGCUGCUAGCCCUCUCUUGCCCAUGCCUGCAGAGUUCUUUCAUCCAGCUGUGGCCACCAGCCAGAAGGUGGAGGAGAAGGCCACCUGCAAGGGGACUCUCCCCAAGAUCUCCCUGCAGGGCUCCUGGGCUUCCUUACGAUCUCCAAGUGUCAACUGCGCGAUCCUCAGACAGACCACGGAGAGCGACACCUCCCUGGACGGGAGCCGAAGCAGUGGCUCGGUAGGCAGCCUCCAGACCACCCUGGAUGACAGCCUGAAUCUCAGUGACUCCCCGCAGUGCACCCUGGACCUCCCCGCCGCCCUGUGCCCUGGGCUGCCUGGCCCCAACACCAGGGCCUCCCAUAGAACUGUGGUGGCCACCGCCCUCUCUCCGGCCUCCCGGCACCGGAGCCUGCGAGGCCGAGGCCUCUUCAGCCUGCGAACCCUCCGUGGUCACCAGCGCAGCCACAGCAGCGGGGGCAGCACCAGCCCUGGCUGCACCCACCAUGACUCUAUGGAUCCCUCCGAUGAGGAGGGGGUGGGCAGCAGCCUGCGGGGGGGAGGCACCAACAGCAGCGAGCAGUCAGAGACCCUUAGUAGCCUGUCGCUCACUUCCCUCUUCUCCCCGGCCCUGCCGCCCCCAGGCCUUCGCCUGGCUAAGAGGUGUAACAGCACAAGUAGCCUGUCCACAGUGGUCCCCUUGUCCUCUUCCAAGGGCCCGCUGCCCCCCUUGGGGACUGAGGGCCUGCAGCCCUACUCGGUUGAUCCCAGAGGCUUCCUGUCCACCCCCUCCUGGGGGACAGACUUCUGCAAGGACCGCCGCUUAGCCAGCGAGGAGCCCCAGGGGCCAGGGGGCCGCCAACGCAAGCAGCCUCCCCAGGUGGAGCUCGGGGAAGGGGUGACCAAGAGGAACAGAUGAGGUUCUCUGGCCCCGGGGGGUGCAGGCCCAGGAGCGGUUGUGGCGGGGGUGCCCAGCGGGGGAAGGCCAUUCACUGUGCCUGUCACUUCCAAACUCCCACUGAAGUGAGCCAGUGUGAGCGAGCGAGGAAGCAAUCGAGGAAGCGGGCAAGAGUCUACCAGGGUCCGGCUGGGUGUCAAACACACUUACCUCAGGCACACGGGAGACCAGAGGCACUGCCCCCGAGAUGGAAACACUGUGGGGAAGGAGGAGCCAGGGGCAGCUCAGCUGGGGUGGGGGCCUCUGGCCAGACGCGGAGCCAGAUGUGGCCCUCUCCAUAUAUAUAGACAUGUAUACAUAUAUAUAUAUACACACACACACAAAGACAUAUAUUUAUUUAUUUUUUUUACUGAAAGCUCAUGACUUCCAGAAAGUGCUAAGAACAGAGAGAGGUUGGGAUGGGAAGGCAGGGGAGCGUUUGACAAACAAAAUUGGUGAGAAACAGUCCGGCCCCAAGAGCAGAAGGCUAGGAGGGCAGAGUUGUUUUCCGUCCGGCCUGGACACUGCCCUCAGCAGGCCCUCAGGACGUUCACUUUGCCCAGGGGUGGUCUGGGGCAGCCCAUGGAGGCCCCCAGCACUCCUUGGAAGGGGCUGGGUUUUUGUCCUUUUGUUCUUGUUUGUGUUUUAGGAGCCCCAAAGGCACAAGAACCCUAUUUAGCAAAUAGGGACAUAUAUAUAUAUUUUUUUUUUUGGUAGCAAAAACAAACAACAAAGGGGAGGGGAGGAAGUAUAUUUUUCAAGUAAUAGGAGAGAGAGAGGAGGUGGGCAUGCCUCCCUGGGUUAGCCAGAAUGGCCUCCUGUUGCAUCAGCAAAAGCAGGAAACCACAGAACCAUGUGGUAUCAGGACUGGUAGGCACCUCCAAGCCCACCCACCCAGGCCAAGACCAAAGGCUCAGGAAGGGGAGGUGACCUACCUGAGGUCAAUAGCUUGGGUUGAAAGGUGCUUGGAGUCUUUUCGAUGGGCAGGCUGUGAGCAUGGAUAGGUGACCAUGCCCUUGGGCAAGCCUUGCCAUUGCUAACCAGGCCCUGACACAGAAUGACUGAUGAGUCCAGCCCAAGGCCUGCCCUCCAUAUAUGGGGUGUUCCCUUCCCAGUCUGUUCCCUGCUCCCGCAGCUGAGGAUCUGGGCAAUGCCACGGCUGCUCUUCCAAGGUGGGGCCCUUUCCUUAGUAUCCCAGCCCCUGGGCCUCUUGCUGGGAUCACCUGAACCCCCGGCACUCUCCAGAUCUUGGGGGGGGGGAGACUCCUUUUUCCGAAAUAGAGAACUUUGGGAGAGAGUGAUCUCUCUGUCUGUCUGUCUGUCUCCCCAUCAGUUCUAAGUGUUUUAAGCAAUAGAGUUAGGCCUCAAAGAGACAGAGAAAAGGACAAAGAAUAAUGAGCAAAAGGAGAGAACGAAUGUACCAACAAGCAGAGUCUCAGCCGAGAAGCGACGGAAGGGAUUUUGGUGGUCAGUGAUUUUACAGUUGAGGAAACUGAGGCCCAGACAGUACAUAUGACUUGCCCAGGGUCAGCUAGUAAGUGUCAGAAUCAGGAUUUGAAUCCAGGACUUCCCCAUUCUCAAUUCCUUAUCCUUUAUGAGGGAGUGGCUGGAAAGAGGAAGGAAGGGAGGCCCAUCUGAGGCCUGUGUGGGGGAGGUUAGCCCAGGAUAGAUAGACCCUAGUUUGGACUAUGAGAGGUCCCAUUGCAGGUGGGUGGGCUCAUCUGUUUAUUUCUCCUGAGUCCAGCUGCCGAGAUGGUCAGUCUUGGUCUUGAGGAGCCAAAUGUAUCUAAGCAAAUUCCAGAAUUCAGGGCAGGCCCUCCCCUUUCUCCUUGUCUGAGUUUAGCACUUGUCCUAAGCACAUGCCUGGCAGGCUGGGGCUGGGGGGUUGAGACCUGGCUCUUUUAGGAGCCCCUCCUGUGCUUCUCCCCCCUAACGAGCACCCACCUAUCCCCCCAAAAUGCCUACACCUCUUAGCUAGGCAAUAGGCACGCAACCCAUCACUGACCUGGGCUUUCCAGCAGAACCAGCCAGAGUGCCAAGUUUUGAGAAGGCAGGCUCACUUCUACACCCCAGCCAGGCAUCAGAGGACAGUGAGCGACUUCCCGCAGUCCCUCAAUACACAGAUCUCAGCCUAUCCCAUGCCAUCCCAUCCAGGGCAACUUGGGUCCAUCUUCUCCUAAGUCCUUCCAGCCAAUGAACUGCAGGUCCCUAUAUAGCCUCAGAGGUCCCAUAUUUAGAACUUGGAGGGACCUUAGGGAGCCUGCCCAACCUUCUCAUCUCAUAGAGGGGGGAAACGUGCUCACAGAUGCACAGACAUUCACUUUCAAAUACACGCUUCUACUCACCCAUGCCCAACAUUGAUGUUCACACCCAUAUAUGCCAUCACACACAGAUACACACCUAUGCUUACACACUUGCUCUAGCUUCUCCAACCCUUCUCCAAAGUAUUGGGUCAAGUUUCACAUAAGCAAUAACAAGACCUAAGGAUGGGCUUCACCGCCCCCCCCCUUCCUGGAGGCCCAACUUUGACUGGUGGGGAGGGGUUCCCUGUCAGCUCUGAAGGGUUACCAGGGUAUGUGAGGGAAAUGACCCCACUCUGAGCCUCCCACCAAGUCCUGUAAGGAGUCGUGGAGGUGGUCUUUCUGGCUGGAGAGGUAAGGGGGGUUGGUUUACCCAUCUCCCACCUUGUUGGUACCUGAGUUUACUCCAAGGGCCUUUUAAGGAGGAUCCAGCCCUAAGAGAAAGAUUUAGUUUAGCUGGGGUACCAAGACUAGAAAACAGUUCCAUUUGAGUCAAAUGAGUCACUGGGACAAGACUCCUAAAUGUAAUUAUAGACAUAUAAAAUCUCCUAUGCAUCUACAAAGCCCUUUCUUUACAGCCUGCAUUUGUUAUUUUUGUAGUUUAAUUAAUGCCCUUUAUUUUCACACCUUCCGAUCGGAUUACCAGGCUAAUGAUCUUUCCUCCUAUUACCCAGCUGACAGGAUGCCAGACCUAUGCUAUUCUCCUCACUCCCAGUCCCUUUAUGGGUUGGAAGAUGUGUGUGAAUGGAUGAUCACAGCCCCCAUUUCCAUAGUACCUUAAGGAUUGCAAAGUACUUUAUGCCCACUGCAACCUUGUGAGGUAGGUGGGGCAGAUGUUAUCGUUACCAUUGUACCAUCUGCACAUGUCUAACUUAGGAAGGCCUUCUGACUUCCAAGACCAACCUAUUAGGGAUGGGGAUCUAGGCAGCCUGGCAGGAGGCAAAUGUGGUUAUGGCUUGGUCCAAGCUGGCAAGUCAGAUUGUAGACAGCCAACAGGGUGAGGAAGAAAAGGUAGGAAGUUUACAAUGGAGGGGUAGAGGUAGGGGUGGAGGGCUACAGGUGUGGAAUGUUACAUACGCUAGCAGAUACAGAAUGUCUGGAUCAGUUCCCAUAACUAGAAUCUGCCACAGUCACUGAGUUGGGUGAGGCUGAACAAGGAAUGAUGCUUUGUGUUGUUGUUGUUGUUUCUCAGAGAUGUGCUGCUCAGGGCAAGUGAGGAAGGAAGAGUAUGUUUGUCUUUCUUGGGCUCAGGACAAGGGUAGAGGGCUGGCAGGGAUGGUGCAUGCUCUUUGGACGAUGGCAAGCAGCUACCUCGAGUGGGUUUUCUCUAGGACCGGAAUAUGCCAGUAUCUCUGUGGCAUCUCUCCCUUUUUACCCCUGGACUGCAGGAUGCUUGAGCUUCCUUGUGUUUCUGCCUCUUUUCUGGAGCCAAGUCACAAGAACCACAAUUAGCUGAGAGAUGUGAGUUUGUUCGUGGCAAAGGAUCCUAGAAGGGCAUUGAUCCCGACCCCCCACCCUAACAGGAAUCUCCUGUACUACUACAUUUAAAAUUCAGUGCUGAUGAAUGUAAAAUACUACCCCCUAUGCUUUAGAAAACCAGCUUUAAAAGGGUAAGUUGAGGAGAGGGGAGGUCUGGCUCGAUAGUAGUUUGCCUGAAAAAGAGCUGAGGGUUUUAGAGGACCACAAGUUCAGCAUAAUUUAAUAGCUAGAGAGACAGAGAGAGGGAGGGAGGGAGAGAGAGAGAGAGAGAGAGAGAGAGAGAGAGAGAGAGAGAGAGAGAGAGAGAGAGAGAGAGAGAGAGAUUUCCUUGGUAGAAGGAAUUCCCCCCAGCAGGUCUGGUUGGCAUCAUCUCUGCGGGCUAGAAUGGUCUAGAGCAUUGAGAGGUGGAGGGGCUUACUCAGAGGCCUCUGGUCUGAUAGGAGGGAAGCAAGGGGAAAAAAGGAAAUGGAUUUUAGAGUGCAUGAAGAGAAUCAGGGAAUGCUGUGUUCUGUUCCUGGGUUGUCCAGUGGAGACAGCCAGGAUGGGGAGGGGCUUUGAAUCGGUGUCACAGGAGAGGAGCACUUCAAAGAACAGGGGCUAUUUGGCCAAGAGAAAAAGGGACUCAUUUUACAGAUAAGGAAACUGAGACGCAGAAAGGAUCAUAAAUUUGGAGCGAGGAGGAAACAGGCCCAGGCACUAAGCUGACCUUAACUCGUGUGUUGGCUGGGUUGGGGGUUUGGACCCUUUCUAAGACAGAAGCUUAGUCCCACUAAAAGGUCAUCAUCAGGUCAGUGGCCCAGGCCAAUGCUCAACAGAGGCAUGCCUGACAGAAGGAGCGACCGAAGUCAAUGUGGGCAGUAUGGGGCAUGACGUCCACAUGUACUCAAAGGACCCCAAACCCCAAAGUCCACGUAUGUUGGGCCCCAGGUGGCUGGAGAACAGGACAGUGACUAUGUCUAGGCCCUCCCUCUUGGGUGGGAUACCCCACACCUUUGCCUAGGACGUCUUCCCAGAGUCCCUUUCCCCUUUGCCUCAGAAAAGCACAGCCCAUUCAUGCAAGCCCCUCAUCCUGCCCCAAGGACUCUAGGAAGUCAGGGCAAGAAGGAAUCCUCCUCAUUUUAAGGACAGGCUUCUGAGAUUCCUGGAGGGGAAAAUGACAUGCCCAAGGCCACACAAAUAAUAAAUAGCAGAACUGGGGUUCAAACCUACAUCGAUGGACUCCAAUAAUCUAAUGCUCUGCCCACUGUACCACACUACCAUUCCCAUACCUGUUGUCCCAGUUUUCUCCUUUUGCAGUUCUCCAGAACAUCCUUUCUCUGACAAUGAUAGGGGCAAAAAUGAACAUACUUCCAGCAGAUCGCAGCCCCUCACACCUCUUUCCUUGCCUCUCUCUCUCUCUCUCUCUCUCUCUCUCUCUCUCUCUCUCUCUCUCUCUCUCUCUCUCUCUCUCUCUCUCUCUCUCUCUCUUUCUCUCUCUCUCGACUUGCUAUAGUCCAAAACUUGAGCCGCUAGAAGCCAAAGCCCACUGCUAAGUCUUUUUUGUCUUCAUAUUCCUAGCACCCAGCACAGUGCCUAGCACACAGCAGGUGUUUAAUAAAUGCUUGUUGUGCCUAAUACACAUCAGGUGUUUAAUAAAUGCUUGUUGCUUGGCAGGUGGCUGAGGGCCAGAGCUGUGACAAGGGUGUGACAAACAGAGCUCUGCCCUAGGGUGCUAGUUCACAUCUGUGGGAGGCACGACCGCUCUCCAUCCUCCAGGGGUGCAGGAGAGAUUCUCUAAAUGACAGGUCAAUCCACUCCUUGUGCAGCUUCCUCUAGACUCCUCACCCCAACUUGACUUGUGCUGGGGUGUGAAAAAUCUUAGUUACAGCUUGAUGUAAGACAGCUAUGGGUCUGUCUCUGGACCUGUCCUCAAAGCCUUUCCAGUUUGCCAAGAUCUGUUGGGGUUCAGGCUCCACUGACGGGGCCUCCAAGGACCCCAGUUCACAUCCAGGCCAUGACAGGACCUCAGCACAGGACUUGAGUGGAGGCACAAAAUUCCAAUAAAUCAGCUUCAUCCCCCCCUCCCUCCUCCCUGCUCCUUCCAGCCCAUCCAUCUGGAAGCUGUUGUCCCCUCCAGGGCCCAUGCCCCUUGUCCAGUGCUGCGCCUUCAGGAGCGGUGAAUGCCCUGAUCAUCGGAGCAGCAGCUUCUCCACACCCAGAUAGCUCCUUGUCUUCAUGCAAUAAUAGGAAUUUCAAGGCUCAGACCCUGGGGUUGGGGGAGGGGGAUCGCCACCAGGGAGACUGAGAAGGUACGAGCCUCUCUCCUCCAAGAAGCCCUCCAUCCUUUCCCUUUCCUCUUUUCUCAAUGAACUUCCAGUCGGAUGUACAGUUUCUACGACAUGACAAUUUUAAUCCUAGUUGCUGAUGGGUAGUGUCUGCUGUUCUCUUACCAUCGAGGUGUAGGAAAACCAACAGCCAACAGUAUUGUAUUGAAUUAAAA